GGCGCCAUGGCGGCCGCCGAGCGGCGCGCCUUCGCGCACAAGAUCAACAGGACAGUGGCUGCGGAGGUGCGGAAGCAGGUGUCUCGGGAGCGCAGUGGCUCUCCCCACUCCAGCAGGCGCGGCAGCAGCUUUCUGGGGGUCCCACUGACUGAAGUCAUUGAGCCACUGGACUUCGAGGAUGUGCUCCUGAGCCGGCCACCAGACGCCGAGCCCGGGCCUCUCCGGGACCUGGCUGAGUUUCCAGCCGACGACCUGGAGCUUCUGCUACAGCCCCGGGAAUGCCGGACCACAGAGCCCGGGAUCCCUGAGGAUGGAAAGCUGGAUGCCCAGGUGAGGGCCGCGGUGGAGAUGUAUACAGAGGAUUGGAUCAUCGCUCACAGGAGGUACCAGCAUCUGAGUGCGGCAUAUAGCCCCAUCACCACGGAGACGCAGCGAGAACGGCAGAAGGACCUCACCCGCCAGGUCUUUGAGCAGGACACUUCUGGGGAUGAGAGGUCCGGCCCAGAGGACUCGGAUGACCCCCGGCACUCCUCAGGCUCCCCAGAGGACACCCCGCGGAGCAGUGGUGCCUCCGGCAUCUUUGACCUGAGGAACUUGGCAGCUGAUUCACUGCUGCCGUGGCUGCUGGAGCGCACAGCCCCUGAGGAUGUGGACCGGCGGAACGAGGCCUCGAGGCGGCAGCACCGACCCCGCGCCCUGCUGGCGCUCUACCCGGCACCUGAUGAGGACGAGGCUGUGGAACGCUGCAGCCGCCCCGAGCCGCCCCGUGAACACUUUGGACAGAGGAUCCUGGUCAAGUGUCUGUCACUGAAGUUUGAGAUCGAAAUUGAGCCCAUCUUUGGCAUCUUGGCCCUGUAUGAUGUGCGGGAGAAAAAGAAGAUCUCAGAAAACUUCUACUUUGACCUGAACUCGGACUCCAUGAAGGGGCUGCUGCGGGCCCAUGGCACCCACCCCGCCAUCUCCACCCUGGCCCGCUCCGCCAUCUUCUCCGUGACCUACCCUUCACCCGACAUCUUCCUGGUCAUCAAGCUGGAGAAAGUAUUGCAGCAGGGGGACAUCAGCGAGUGCUGCGAGCCCUACAUGGUGAUGAAGGAGGUGGACACGGCCAAGAACAAAGAGAAGCUGGAGAAGCUACGCCUGGCGGCUGAGCAGUUCUGCACCCGCCUGGGCCGCUACCGCAUGCCCUUCGCCUGGACCGCGGUCCACCUGGCCAACAUCGUGAGCAGCGCGGGGCAGUCGGACCGCGACUCGGACUCCGAGGGCGAGCGGCGACCUGCCUGGACUGACCGCCGCCGGCGCGGGCCCCAGGAUCGGACAAGUAGUGGGGAUGACACCUGCAGCUUCUCUGGAUUCCGCCCAGCCACGCUAACUGUCACCAACUUCUUUAAGCAGGAGGCCGAGCGGCUCAGUGAUGAGGACCUCUUCAAGUUCCUGGCUGACAUGCGGCGCCCGUCUUCUGUCCUGCGGCGCCUGCGGCCCGUGACUGCCCAGCUCAAGAUCGACAUUUCCCCGGCCCCUGAGAACCCACACUUCUGCCUCUCCCCGGAGCUGCUUCAUGUCAAGCCCUACCCAGACCCCAGGGGCCGGCCCACCAAGGAGAUCCUGGAGUUCCCUGCCCGUGAGGUCUAUGCCCCCCACACCAGCUACAGGAACCUGCUGUACGUGUACCCACACUGCCUUAACUUCAGUAGCCGCCAGGGCUCCGUGCGCAACCUCACCGUGCGAGUGCAGUACAUGGCGGGCGAGGACCCCAGCCAGGCCCUGCCGGUCAUCUUUGGCAAGUCUAGCUGCAGUGAGUUCACCCGAGAGGCCUUCACCCCAGUGGUCUACCACAACAAGUCCCCAGAGUUCUACGAGGAGUUCAAGCUGCGUCUUCCAGCCUGUGUGACCGAGAACCACCACCUGCUGUUCACCUUCUACCACGUCAGCUGCCAGCCCCGGCCGGGCACAGUGCUGGAGACUCCCGUGGGCUUCACUUGGAUCCCACUGCUGCAGCAUGGCCGCCUGAGGACCGGCCCCUUCUGCCUCCCUGUGUCUGUGGACCAGCUCCCACCCAGCUACUCCGUGCUCACACCAGACGUGGCGCUGCCGGGCAUGCGCUGGGUGGAUGGCCACAAGGGCGUGUUCAGCGUGGAGCUCACUGCCGUGUCCUCUGUGCACCCGCAGGACCCUCACCUGGACAAGUUCUUCACUCUGGUGCACGUGCUGGAGGAGGGGGCCUUCCCAUUCCGCCUCAAGGACACCGUGCUGAGUGAGAGCACCGUGGAGCAGGAGAUGCGGGCCAGCCUAGCAGCCCUGCGCCUCGCCAGCCCCGAGCCCCUUGUUGCCUUCUCCCACCACGUGCUGGACAAGCUCGUCCGUCUGGUCGUGCGGCCUCCAAUCAUUGGCGGCCAGAUCGUGAACUUAGGUCGUGGGGCCUUUGAAGCAAUGGCCCAUGUGGUCAGCCUUGUCCACCGGAGUCUGGAGGCUGCCCAGGAUGCCCGUGGUCACUGCCCGCUGCUGGCUGCCUAUGUCCACUAUGCCUUCCGACUACCUGGCACCGAGCCCAGCCUCCCAAGUGGGGCCCCUCCAGUGGCGGUGCAGCCUGCCACACUGGCCCGUGGCGCUGGCCGCCCCACCAGCCUCUACCUGGCCCGCUCUAAGAGCAUCAGCAGCAGCAACCCUGACCUGGCCGUGGCCCCGGGCUCUGUGGACGACGAGGUCUCCCGCAUCCUGGCCAGCAAGGGUAUCGACCGCUCACACUCCUGGGUGAAUUCUGCUUAUGCUCCAGGAGGCAGCAAGGCUGUGCUGCGACGGGCACCCCCUUAUUGCGGGGCCGACCCCAGACAGCUGCUGCACGAGGAGCUGGCUCUGCAGUGGGUGGUCAGCGGCAGUGGCGUGCGAGAGGCUGUCCUGCAGCACGCCUGGUUCUUCUUCCAGCUCAUGGUGAAAAGCAUGGCGCUGCACCUGCUUCUGGGCCAACGGUUGGACGCGCCCCGCAAGCUUCGCUUCCCUGGGCGUUUCCUGGACGACAUCGCGGCCCUUGUGGGCUCUGUGGGCCUGGAAGUCAUCACCCGGGUAUACAAGGAUGCAGAGCUGGCCGAGCGCCUGAACGCCAGCCUGGCCUUCUUCCUCAGCGAUCUGCUGUCCCUGGUGGACCGUGGCUUCAUCUUCAGCCUGGUGCGGGCCCACUACAAGCAGGUGGCCACACGGCUGCAGUCGGCCCCCAACCCGGCAUUGUUGCUGACCCUACGCAUGGACUUCACCCGCAUCCUGUGCAGCCACGAGCACUACGUGACCCUCAACCUCCCCUGCUGCCCCCUGUCGCCCCCGGCCUCGCCCUCACCCUCUGUUUCCUCCACCACCUCCCAGAGCUCCACCUUCUCCAGCCAGGCCCCAGACCCCAAGGUAACCAGCAUGUUCGAGCUGAGCGGGCCAUUCCGACAACAGCACUUCCUGGCUGGGCUCCUGCUGACAGAAUUGGCGCUGGCCCUGGAGCCUGAGGCCGAGGGGGCAUCCCUGCUGCACAAGAAGGCCAUCAGUGCCGUGCACAGUCUGCUCUGUGGCCACGAUGCAGACCCCCGCUACGCUGAGGCUGCUGUGAAGGCCCGUGUGGCCGAGCUGUACCUGCCGCUGCUGUCACUCGCACGGGACACGCUGCCACGCCUGCAUGAUUUUGCUGAGGGCCCAGGUCAACGGUCAAGACUGGCCUCGAUGCUCGACUCAGACACAGAAGGGGAAGGGGACAUCGGAGGCACCAUCAACCCCUCAGUGGCCAUGGCCAUCGCUGGUGGCCCCCUAGCCCCUGGCUCCCGGGCCAGCAUCUCUCAGGGCCCAGUGGCAGCUUCUCGCUCAGGCUGUCUCCUCUCUGCCGAGUCCAGCCGGACCUUACUGGUGUGUGUGCUGUGGGUCCUGAAGAAUGCUGAGCCAGCCCUCCUGCAGCGCUGGGCCGCUGACCUUGCCCUCCCUCAGCUGGGUCGCCUCUUGGACUUGCUAUACCUUUGCUUGGCUGCCUUUGAGUACAAGGGGAAAAAGGCCUUUGAGCGCAUCAACAGCCUCACAUUUAAGAAGUCACUGGACAUGAAGGCCCGUCUGGAGGAAGCCAUCCUGGGCACCAUUGGAGCACGACAGGAGAUGGUCCGGCGGAGUCGUGAGAGGAGCCCGUUUGGGAACCAGGAGAAUGUCCGCUGGCGGAAGAGCAUCACGCACUGGAGACAGGCCUCGGACCGCGUGGACAAGACCAAGGAUGAAAUGGAACAUGAGGCCCUGGUGGACGGGAACCUGGCAACCGAGGCCAGCCUGGUGGUUCUGGACACACUGGAGAUCAUCGUGCAGACAGUGAUGCUGUCAGAGGCCCGGGAGAGCAUCUUGGGUGCAGUGCUAAAGGUUGUGCUGUAUAGUCUGGGCAGUGCCCAGAGUGCCCUCUUCCUGCAGCAUGGCCUGGCCACACAGCGAGCCCUGGUGUCCAAGUUCCCGGAGCUGCUGUUCGAGGAGGACACGGAGCUGUGCGCGGACCUUUGCUUGAGGCUGUUGCGACACUGUGGCAGCCGCCUCAGCACCGUCCGCACGCACGCCAGCGCCUCGCUCUACCUCCUCAUGCGCCAGAAUUUCGAGAUUGGCAACAACUUUGCCCGCGUGAAGAUGCAAGUGACCAUGUCCCUCUCAUCCCUGGUGGGGACAACGCAGAGCUUCAGCGAAGAGCACCUGAGACGGUCGCUCAAGACCAUCCUCACCUAUGCCGAGGAGGACGUGGGGCUGCGGGACAGCACCUUCGCCGAGCAGGUCCAGGACCUGAUGUUCAACCUGCACAUGAUCCUGACGGACACGGUGAAGAUGAAGGAGCAUCAGGAGGACCCGGAGAUGCUCAUUGAUCUCAUGUACAGGAUUGCCCGCGGCUACCAGGGCUCCCCCGACCUGCGGCUGACGUGGUUGCAGAACAUGGCCGGGAAGCACGCGGAACUGGGCAACCACGCGGAGGCCGCCCAGUGCAUGGUGCACGCCGCUGCUCUGGUGGCCGAGUACCUCGCCCUGCUGGAGGACAGCCGCUACCUGCCUGUGGGCUGUGUUUCCUUCCAGAACAUCUCAUCCAACGUGCUGGAGGAGUCUGCCAUCUCCGAUGACAUCCUGUCCCCCGACGAGGAGGGCUUCUGUUCCGGGAAGCACUUCACGGAGCUGGGGCUGGUGGGGCUGCUGGAGCAGGCGGCUGCCUACUUCACCAUGGGCGGGCUCUACGAGGCAGUGAAUGAGGUCUACAAGACCCUUAUCCCCAUCCUGGAAGCCCACCGAGACUACAAAAAGCUGGCUGCUGUGCAUGGCAAACUGCAGGAGGCCUUCACCAAGAUCAUGCACCAGAGCUCUGGCUGGGAGCGUGUGUUCGGGACGUACUUCCGUGUGGGCUUCUAUGGUGCCCGCUUCGGUGACCUGGACGAGCAGGAGUUUGUGUAUAAGGAGCCGUCCAUCACGAAGCUGGCCGAGAUCUCACACCGGCUGGAGGAGUUCUACACGGAGAGGUUUGGGGAGGACGUGGUCGAGAUUGUCAAAGAUUCGAACCCCGUGGACAAGACCAAGCUUGACCCACAGAAGGCCUACAUCCAGAUCACUUACGUGGAACCACACUUCGACACCUAUGAGCUCAAGGACCGGGUGACCUACUUCGACCGCAACUACGGGCUGCGCACCUUCCUGUUCUGCACGCCCUUCACACCUGACGGGCGUGCCCACGGGGAGCUGCCGGAACAGCACAAGCGCAAGACUCUGCUCAGCACAGAUCACGCCUUCCCCUACAUCAAGACGCGAAUCCGUGUGUGCCACCGGGAGGAGACAGUGCUGACACCAGUGGAGGUGGCCAUUGAGGACAUGCAGAAGAAGACAAGGGAGCUGGCUUUCGCCACCGAGCAGGACCCGCCCGAUGCCAAGAUGCUGCAGAUGGUGCUGCAGGGCUCUGUGGGGCCCACUGUGAACCAGGGUCCCCUGGAGGUGGCCCAGGUAUUUUUGGCAGAGAUCCCAGAAGACCCCAAACUCUUCAGGCACCAUAACAAGCUGCGGCUGUGUUUCAAGGACUUCUGCAAGAAGUGUGAGGAUGCCCUGCGGAAGAACAAGGCCCUGAUAGGACCAGACCAGAAGGAGUACCACCGUGAGCUAGAGCGCAACUACGGCCGCCUACGGGAGGCUCUGCAGCCGCUGCUCACCCAGCGCCUGCCCCAACUGCUGGCGCCAACCACAGUGGGCCUCAGGAACUCCUUGAACAGAGCAAGUUUCCGGAAGGCCGACCUCUGAGCCCCGCAUGGCCUGAAGCCACACCGAGAAGAACCAUCACCCUGGCCUCAACUGUCUGUGCCUUCCCAGGAUUCUCCCCCCACUGGCACACUGGGCUGUGGGGUGAUCAUAUUCACACGGGGCUGGGCCCUCUGUUCCUCUGUUCCCAUCUGUGUGCACUGAUGUUUCUUACCUUUUCUAAUUUAAAGUGGUUUUCAUAAGCAGCCUGUUUGAUGUGGAUCCUGGGAGUUGGGUCAUGAGCACACCCACACACCCUGAUCUUUGACAGACUCUGAGAACUCACUGGGUGCCGGGAACACAGCAGUGACAACCGAUGCAAAUUCCUAACCUGGUGGGGCUGACAUUCUAGUAGAGGAGGCAACACACAAAUAAUGUCACGUGCCCAUGGGGAAUAAUAGUAACAUUAAUUAAACUCUUGGCAGAGGACUCAGCACUGCACUAAAUGGCUCCUAAAAAGACACCACCCC